ACAAGACCCUUACCACGUUCAACGGUGGCUUUAAACAAUCCUGGAAUCCUUUUCAACCUCGACAUGUUCGCUUUUACACCCAUUGUCAGGUUCAUGGCCGGCAGCUGGAAUCGACUGACCUCUCACGUACCAGAAGACGCCAACCACAUGUCUGGCUACCCCCACACAUUCGACGACGUCCGUGCGGUUCGCGCCGUGCUCAAAACUGUCGGCUUACCUACCGAACUCGUUCUUGAGAUACUCGAACAUGCUGACUACGAGCCUGUACUGAGCAUAUCCAACACGAACCCUGUGAAAGCUUCGGCUCGUAUGGGGAGAAACUCUGUUCAUGCGCGGCCUUGCUUAGCCGUUGCUAUUCCGAGCGUACACACGACGCAGGAACCAGGCGCCAGAAGCCCAAAAACCAAGGUCAAAGAAAUCGAGUUUGUCUUCCAUAGCCAAGAUCAAGGCUGGGCCGAUGAAAAUACUCCUGGCUCCUUUCAUACCUCAUCAUGGCUGGAGGUUUCCAUCAUUCGUCCAAGCGAUCAAACCUCCAGCUUCACCAGCCACACACCAUUCCUGUGGCAAUCCAGGUUAAGAACGGCUGAGGACCUCGAGCUGGAAUUGCAAAAGAAUCGAGCAACUUUUGUUCGACGUCCCUCGGCCAUUGCACAAGGCGCGCAAGGAGGCGAGGCUCCUCUUUCGUGGUUUUUGCAAGCUAAUCGAGUGUGCGAGCCAGAUGAUUACCGCGUGCUAUGGACUUCCAAUGGACAUCAAGGCAACGAAGGUUCCGGUAGUGGCGAGGGGCUCCUUGAAGUGUUGCAGGAGCGAGAUGUAUUGGUGGUGUGGACGCGAGCCAAGUAUCCAGGAUGGAGUUACAAGCAACCUCACUUUACAAAAAUGCCUCAACCGCCAUCCAACCCCAACUACCCAUCGGGCCCUUACACGCCCGGCCAGCACGUGAUCCCCCCACCACGCCCCACCUCACCUGCUACCGCCGAAUACCGUUUGAAUCAUCUUAUGGUGCGCAUCAAAAACCCCGAAAGAAGCCUCAAAUUCUAUAACGAUUGUUUUGGAUUGCAUGUAGUGUUUAUCUUCAAUGCAGGGCCAUGGACGAUAUAUUAUCUCGGGCCAAGAGACGUCUCGGCCUCAACAAUCGGCACUUCAAAGGGCCUUCUGGAACUCUACCACAUUCCUGCUGACGAGUCAACGCCUUACACCUCCGGCAACGACUACUCUUCUUCGUCCCCGCCUCCUGGCGUGGGAUUCGGCCACAUUGGAUUCACGGUUCCGGACGUCGCUGCGGCGUUGGACCGCGUGAAGAAUUUUGGAUUCGAGGUUAUCAAGCCUUUAGGCGAAGCGAAGGAAAGCACCAUGGGCGUCCCAAUGAAGGAAGGAGACAUGAAAGUGCAAUGUGUGGGGGAGAGUGUGGCUGUCGAUGAAGGGUACAAGAGGGUUUUUGAGCAGUUGGCAUUUGUGAAAGACCCAGAUGUGAGUUUUUUUUUCCUUCUCCCCUUUUCUGGGAAUCUUUCUUUCUGUCUCAUAUCUUACGAGGUUGCGAGAAGAACUGUGCUAACCAGCUGA